AUGAUGCUACCGGAGAUACCAUCUUCACAAGCUUUUCAGGCGAUACGUGCAGUGAGCGUGAGUGAACUUUCAAGUUUGAGAGAGGAAGAUCUAAGACCUCUGCUGCCUUGUUUGGUCCGAAUGGCUCUCUGCUCUCCAGUAGACGAAAGUGCAAAGUGGACAGAAGCGCGUAAGGAAGUACAGAAACUCUUGUCUGGUUUAGAAGUAGUUAAUUCCAUUGUGGCGUUGUUGUCUGUGGAUUUUAGUCUCCUUGAGCAAGAUGCUUUAAAAGAGCAGCAGCUGAGAAAAAAGGUUGGCGGUAGUACAAGCUCCAGUGUUUUAGUUGAGUCCUUACAAAAUGGUCUUGCGCUAGAGUUUGAACGCAGUGAACCAUCAAGGCGUCUUAGAUUGGUUCUGAGUGAGAUCCUUCGUAUUAUGAGCCAGGUAAUUGGUAUAAAUAAAUGAAUAAAACAUUAAAUAUAUAGCGCUAAAUGCAGUACUGUACAUUAAGUAUUAUAAACUAUUACUGAAUGCUUUCCUUAAGAGAUAUUUUUUGGGUUUGUUUCUGAAAAGUGGCUAGGCUGCCACAGGAUCUCAUCGGUAAUGGCUGUGAGUUCAGUAAUGCAAGAGCAGCAUGAGCAAAAGCACAAUCCCUAAGUGUAGUACUCCCAAGUGUUAUUCCCUCAGAGUUCUUAGUGCAAGUUGUUGACAAUGAUUUUUUUUCUUAGAGUUUUCUUUGGGCUUCUUCCUAUCACCUUUCACCUCUGAAAUUAUAAAUAUUGCAUUGGGAUGAUUAACCAUUAAACUCCUUUAAGUGACUAAGACAGAAUUUCUCCUUAAAAUAUCAAUACAAUGUCAAUGAAAUAUUGGGUGGAAAAGUAAGGAGAAUAAAAAAAAUGUCAAUAAAGGGAUUUUUACUCAAUCCAAUGCCAAAUUUUCCAAACUCACAUUGAAAGAGUUGUAUAGCAGACUGUAAGGAUAAUUACUAAUGACUAGACCAGUUAGAUCACUUCGCUCAUAUCAAGAGGCUCUUUAUUUUCAGUACAAAAAUAAUAACUGUGAAAAUGGAAUUCAUGUUCAAACUGUAUGUAAAAUUAUCUGAAGGUGGAUGUGAGACAAGAAUUCAUUCCUGAGAAGUGUGAACUUUUUGAAAGUGAAGUUUACCUGGAGGAAGUAUCAGAUGUGAUUUGCAUUGGACAAGCUGAGCUGCCCUCACUUCUUGCAUUAAACCAGCUUGCAGAGGCUCUCCUCAGGGUCAAGCAGGGUCCUUGGUUAUUGUGUCGAUUGGUGGCUAAUGCUCCUGACAGCUUUGAACAAGGUGACACUUGUAUCAGGAUUAAUGUAGUCCCGUGCAAAGAUAUUGUUAGAAAAUUUUAGAACUUACCGUAAUUUCCGGUCGAUUACCCGCGGGUAAUCUGUUGAUUUUGCAUUAAAUCCGCGCCACUGCGGGUAAUAGGGAGGUGCGGGUUAUGUGACAAUUUUAAAUUCUUCUGGAAGUUGAAUUGAAAAAAUUUCUCACCUACCUGCGUUUCCACCUCUCAAAUGAAUUUUAUUGUAUCAAAAGUGCCACAAAGCGGCACGAAAACAUGAUGCCAAUUCGAGUUUAUUUCACGCAUAAUUAGUUGCGUGACAAACAAAUUUUUAUCGGCACGCGUGAAAACAAAACCUUGAUGGUGACAAAAAUAAUCCAAGGAUAUCCGGCGCAUCAGUAACAAAUUUCCAGUUUUCACUAGCUUGAGCUAAAGAGAAUUUUCCCGUUUUAAGGGACUUGUUAGGCCCAGUAGAACAGGAGAUAUCGAUUUUUUUGAGAAAUUGCCGACAGUAAUUUUAAAUCCCAAAUGCAUCACCAGAAUGUUGAAAAUAAUAGGUGCGAAACUUAACUAAUUUCGCGCUGAAAAAGUACUUUAACGACAAAUGAACAAUGGAUAUUGCUCAUUACGCUCCUACAUGCUAUAAAAAGGUAACUGACUGAAUAAGAAUUAUAAACCUCGAUCAUUCGCGAUAAGUGUAUCCACGAGUCACCAAUUCAGUUAAAAUGCCUGCUGUGAAACGCCCACGUCACAGUUUUACGUUUGAUUAUAAGCUUAGAGUAAUAACUCUUGCCGAUGAAAUCGGUAAUAGAGCAGCAGCAAUAAUCAAUCAAUAAAGUAUAAGCUAAUAUUGACACAGAAUUGUGCACAUGUCUGAAUCGAAAGACUGAAAUGUAUCGCCUUAAUGUCACGUUUUCGCCACCGAAAAAGUUGAAUAACAACGUGCGGGUUAUCCACCGGUGCGGGUAAUCCGUUGACUUUUUUUUUCGCCGUAUGCAAUAAUCGGCCGGUGCGGGUAAUCGGCCGUGCGGGUAAUCGACCGGAAAUUACGGUAGAUGUCAUAUUGAAAAAACCCUAAACAGUUAAUACAGAUAUAGAAAACAGUUAAUUUAACUGUGUUUACAUGCUUUUGUUUUAGUGUGCAAGUCACUGCUUGAGCAUGGUGAAGUACAAGAUGAAGGUAGUUUAGGUGGUCUGGUGCGAACUCAAGCUCUAAGACAGCUAUGUGCGAUGAACCCCAGCUCUGCCUUUACUAUGCAUUCCGAGGCACUUAGACUGUGUCAUAUGCCUGGUCUUGCUGUGGCUCUUAUUCUUGACUUUGGUGUGGACAGCAGUGGUAAGGACUUUUCUGUGGAGAAUUAAUUUAAUUUAUACUUCAGAUCACAAACUGGUCAAAAGUCAACUUCAGAGUGCAGGGAUAAUUAUUUCUGCUGUAUAAAACCAUAAGUCACUGUCCCCAUCAAAAGUCCUGUUAACAACUUCUUCAGACUGAAUGAUCACACCACACGAUCUAAAUUUAAUAUUUUGCAACUUUUAUUUGAUGUCUUUUCUUGUGUUAUGAAGGUUCUUUGAGUUCAAGUGAUCUUGUGGCAUUUCUCAGUGGCCUUCUUUUAGGAGGAGAUACAAAAGCUAGGAACUGGUUUUCUUCCUUUGUUAGGAUUGGACAAAAGGUAUGGAAACCAAAUAAAAAUGUGUUUGAAACUGGAUUUAACCACAGUUUUUCUUGUUUUUUCUUCCUAUUUGCUGCAACUCAUGUGGAAAAAGAGUCAUCCACUUUCAAGUUUUUUAGUAUCUUUUACAAGUUGCUGUUAUUUUUUAAAAUGUUUUUGUUUUGUUAUGAAAUCAAUUUUUACUUAUUUGUUUUUUUGUGGCUGCAACCAUCAUUGCUAUGAAAGAUGUUUUGAGUUAUAGUUUGACUUUACCCUUUUGCAUUAGUCCAGUACAUCAAUCUUGGCUUCUCUGAGAAGUCAGUUACUGAAGGAGAUGUCAUCUUUAGUUCCAAGUGGAACAAAAAAAGGAGCAAGGUCAGAGAACAGCAAUUCAAGUGUGAAGGAUUUUGUGGCAGGAGAUGAUGUUAGACAGGAAGAUGAAGAAACAUUAGAAAUACUUCAAGGUGAUUCCAUUAAUCAUCCAUCAAAUGUUAUCAGCCAGUUGAGGGUCAGAUGUAGUGGCCCAGUGGCUGGCAAUCUGGACUCUGGAUGAGGCAAUUCCUGUUUCACACAAUGGCAAAGUCCUAGUGUUGUGUGUUUGGGCAAGAUAUGUAACUCUAACAGUGGUCCCCUCACCCUAAUAAUAAAAAUGGGCAGUGGAAAAGUGUCAGUGAAACUUAAUGACUUGUUGUUGAGUUAAUAGAGAUCAACUAACAUUUAGUUCAGAGGCAAAUGUAAUAUUCUAAUUUCUACAUGAUACUGGAACCUAAGAUUAGCUCCAACAGUAGUGAGGCAUAAAGCUUGGUAAGAUUUGUUGAUUAGUUUAAUUAACUUUCCAAUGAAUUUACCUACAUAUAUUUCAGCAAUGGAGGUGAGCACGGAUUAUGAAAUCACAGAAGAGAGUUCUGAAACUCCCCACAUGAACUUAGAAACCGUUGAAACAGUAGAGAUUAGUGAUGAUGGUGUGAUCCAAGGCACAGCACUCUUGCGGCUGUACUGUGCCCUCAAAAGAUUGGCUGGUAUGAAACUAACUUCACAGGAAUCAGAAGCAUUGCUCCGGCUGGUAACAUGUCACCCUCCUCCCACUGCUGCAGGGGUGAGGUUUGUUGUGGUUGGCCUGUGUACCCUUCUGGUCUGUACCAACAUAAUGAGGUGAGUGGUUUACAUCAAAUAGAUUUAGCAACUGUGUGGUGAUAAUUGGAAAAACUAGAUAGAUUUUUAAAAUGUAUGUUGAUUAGUCAAGAGUUAUUGAAAGGUAAAUCAGUGUGCUGUUUGUAAGGUGGAGUAAAUAAGUUAAGGUCACACUGCUAAUAAGAAAGUCUUAUUGAAUGACAGAGGGGAGGAUUUGAAUCAGAGAACACUUGCCCAUCUGCCUUAACUUUAAUGGUAAUCAAUAUGUUACACAGUUCGAAGCCCAACUGUUUAGAAUUAUCCUACUACUUUGGCUACUGGUUGAGGUCUUUGAAAAAAUCACAAAAAUUGUUGCUGACCAGGGCAUGAAAUAUUUGAUCUUUAAUGUUAACUCUUGAUUUAAUCAAUAAGAGCAUCACUGAAUCUGUAAUCACUCCAUUAGGAGUUAACAGAGUCACACUUCACCUAAUGAUGGGUGGCAUUAGUUUACAGGUGUUUUUCAUAAAGGUACAAUUUUGUGAUCAGUUCACCAGAGCAUGAACAGAUUGCUACCCACUGGAUAAAGUGGCUGUCAAAAGAGGAAGCUCACUAUGAAGCAGCAAGUGGUGUACAUGCAUCCUUUGGAGAGAUUCUUCUGCUAAUAGCCAUUCACUUUCAUGCUAGUCAAGUGGAAGCCAUUGCUGAUCUUGUGUGUUCUGUUCUUGGGAUGAAUAUCAGGCUGGGCUCGCUGACAAGAAUGAAAACUCUUUUCACACAGGAAAUAUUUCCUGAGAAGGUUUGCAAUUUAUUUUUUCUGAGGCAUCCCAGGGUGCCAGAAUCUUAAAUCCUUGAAUCUGAUUGGCUAAUUGCACUCUUGUAAUUGGCCUACCUUUUUACAAGACAGACUACAGCUCAGUCCAAAGUCCUUGGGCCAUACUCAAGACCUCAAGCAUAGUAAAUAACCUAUGAAAAACAGAAAAAAUCUUUAGUUAGGUAUGACCUGUAGCCAUGAGUGGAAAGAUUAUGCACUUAAACCACCAUACAGUGCAAAAGCCUGAAGUCUGUAGUGGACAGUCCUAGAACACAGAGUAGCUUUAAUUUAAUUUGUUGUCAAUAACUUAUGACGAUAGCUACCAAAUAUGUUUACUAAAACACAGACACUCAGCAUGACAAAUUUGGGUAUAAAAUUAAAACUGUUACAUAGACUGACCCAUAUUGUGAUAGGUUGUGACAGCUCAUGCUGUGACAGUUCCCGUCACACCACAGCUGAGUUCAGAGGAUACAGGAUUCCUUCCGAUUCACUGCAUUCAUCAGUUGCUGCGGUCACGAGCAUUCACAAAGCAUGCAGUUCCUGUCAAGGUUAGACUUUAAUUGUCAAUUGAAUGAGUAUGCAGUUAUUGCAGAGACAAUGGGGUAACUGUUAGCAUGCUGAAUCUAAAAGUGCAGUGUUGAGGCCUGAUUGGGCCAUUAUGUUUUGUUCUUGGGUAAGACUCUUGCAGUAUCUCUCUUUCAACUCCCAAGUAUGAAUGGGCACUUGGAGACUUGCCAUACCUUACCUUACUACACCUUUCCUUUACGAGAAGUUUCUGUCAGUUCUGUCAUUCCACUGGUUCACUGUGUUGCUGUCAGUUCAAGUCAGUAACAGUGUUCCUUCUAUGGAUAAAAGAGAUACAAUAGCCAACAGCAUGUUAGUCUUAAUAAUCACCUUGCAGAUACGAAAAGGUUUCCUCUGUGCCAAUGAAGUCACCUUGACCACCAAAAAAGAACAUUGAAAUUUCUUUUUUAUAUUCACUAACAGGAUGGUGAUGACAAGCCCCUGUAAGAGAUUAAAUAUAUUUAACAUUAAAAUAAAUCUUACUCAGGGUGCUUCCUAUUUAUGAGGUUUGGCUGAACUGAUAAAUCUGGUUUUGCUGGGGUAAAUAGAUUUAAAUAGAAAUAGCCUCCUUUCCAGUAAAAUUGAGCAAGUUGUACAUGUAUUGUCUAUGCUAAAGGAGGAAACAAAAGGGUUUACUGAGAAUGUGAUUUACAAUCAACUUUUUUAGGACUGGGUGUUUAGGCAGAUCUGUUGUUGUACCACUCCUCUUCACCCUCUUGUUGUACCUCUUCUUGAAGCCUUUGUACAUUCUGUCAUCAAUCCCACAUCCAAAUCAACUAAGAACAAAGAAGCUACUUUCACUCUGCGUGGAUUUACAGAUUCUGAAGUUAUGUCAGUCUUUGCUGCAGAAUCCCAGGCAUGUGAUAACCUUGUUCAUUUUAGUUCUACAGUUUUUGAGUUUCUAACUUGCUGAUUAAAGCAUCUAAGUGGACAUGUGAUAUUGAAAAUUGCAAUAAUUGCUGUCACCCCAAAUAUAAGAUAGGAAUUUUUGUAUGAAAGAUUUACUUUUUACCAUUUUUUUGAAUAUUUCUAAUGAUUUGAAAGGUGUUUGAAUUGAAUGAAUGAAUUCAAACACUUAAUCUCUGACAUUGAAGCUGAUUAGGCUUUUUCUUAGUUUGGUGUCUUUUUAAUAGGCUAAUUAAUUUUCUUGUAGAGUUUGAGCCUAGCUUUGGCCUUCGUGAAAGUUUCUCAAAAUAGAAUGAAAAGCACAUCUGUUAACUGGCAUUUCCCCAACACAGCUGAAAGUGAUAAUCUGUUUAGAGGGAAAUCCUUCUGACAACUAACUGCUUGAGUUGUCACUUUCACUGAUAAAAGUCCUAUUCAGGAGUACUAUCACCCAAAUUUCCCAUCAAAUUUUUGAUGCUGACAUCCUUUCUGAUCUUGGAAAUCUCCAGGAAGAAGGAACUGCAUUCAGAAUCCAUGGACUUCCUUUAGAAUCAAUGAGGAGAAGCUCUGUGUAUGUGGCCACAGAACUGUCAUCUCAUCUCACAUCUCAGAUUCUGAUGUUAUACUAUGUUCUAACAUACCAGGACUGUCUUCUUUCAAAUAUGAAGUCUUUAGGUAAGGCAGUGACCUCAGUAAGAUAUGUUGGCUCUGUAAAGGCUGAUAAGAUCUGUUCAAUCCUUAUCUUCACCUUAAAAGUCUUCAUGAGUGACAGUUUUUUUUUCUUACAUGUAAAAUGAUGUCAAUUAAAAUGCAUGCAUGUCCUUUAGAAACAAACCUUUACUUCAUGGUAACUACUUCUCCAUAGUGACAACCAAAGAAUUAGUCAAUCUUUCAGUUAAAGAAAGAGGUAGUUGAAGUUACUUCUUGCUUGGGCCACUGGAUUUCUUAUCAAGAGGUGCUGGUUCCAGCCCCAGCUAUGUCACUGUAUUGUGUUCUUUUAUAGGACACUUAGUUCUUAUUAAAUGAAUGCUUCUCUGCCAGUGAAAUUAAAUGGGUACUAGCAAACUGUCAGAGAAACUGAUCAAGUAGCAAAGGAAGUGUGUGCUUUGGACCAGUAAAGGUUUCUUGCUGCGGAAGCUCUGAUGAGUCUUAACUGUAACUAUUCAUAUGGCUAGAAAGACUUACCUGUUUAGUAAAGACUGAGAAACAGGUCCUAGUUAUUUCAAGACCCUCUAACACAAUAUUGUUUAGGAACAUGCUGGAAUGAGUUGUAUACAGUCAUCAGCAAUGAUCAGCUAGAAUGUGUCAGAAAACCAACCUACUGAUUAUACCUUCAGUUUCCAGCAAUAUUCAGCCUCAGUGGCUGUCACCCAUGUUGCUGUCACAAAUACCCAUCAAGCAUCUGCUGGAGCAGGCUAGGAGACGUCGUCGAGAAUUCCGGGGUCUGUAUGCUCCCCUACUGCAGCUGAUCAACACUCACUUGCCACACCUGUGUUUAGUGGAUGACUGGCUGAGACAGGAAGAGGUAUUCACUGCUCCACACUUAUCAGCAGCCUCACCACUGCUUCAUGUCCAAUGUUCACCUCCUUGUUUAAAAGAAGGUAUGCCUUGAAAAAUUGAAAGUAAUUUGGAGUACUCCUUUAACUCUCAGGACUGUUUUAAAUUCAUGGUCAGUCACAAGGGCCAUGAUAACAUUUUUUCUCAUAAUUAAGUGCAAAUGAUCUGGCAGACAGUUAAGGUAAAAAGUUUUGAUACCCAUCUGGGGAUUGCAUGGCUCCACAGAGAAAUAAACCCUUGCAGUGAAAAUUACCAACGAGGGACAAAUUAUAAGUUUUCAUAAUGACCAUAUGACCUUCAAAACCCAGCUAUUUAAAUUAAUGUCCAAGUAACAAUAUGCAGGUUAAUUAUAUCAGCUGUAAGAUAAUUUUAAGGGAAGAUUUCUUGACAGUAAUUGAAUCAAAGAGGAACUGGUCAGCAAUAUGUUAUGUAAGGUCCCUCUAGAAGGAGAGCUGUUGUCUUAUUUUUCAAUAGGGUCAGAUUUGUUACUUAAGAAGUUUAAGAGUGCUUGAGACCCUUUUCUUUGUCUCAGAAAAUGACAGAAGUGGAACAAUCUUGCUUUGCGCCAACUGUUAAUAAUAUAUAGAUUAGUUCAUGUAGGCUUUCCAAUUGGAGAAUAUUUCCUUCAUAAACCUUUUUUCAGUGGGCCAUGAAUGUGUUGAUCACUUUUUUUUCCAACAGCAUUUAGCUUGCUGCCAGACAAUCCCUGUUCUGCUCUUCUGCUGCUUAAAAGACUGUUACAACUAGAGCCUAGUGCUCUGAUUCCUUAUAUGGAUGUACUGGUUCAAGCCUUACCCAGUUUAUUGAAGCCUGGGGUCCCCCGGCGGGUGCAAACUCUGUCUUGUGAACUUUGGACAAAAAUUAACACUGUUAUACCUCGCAAGUAAGGUUUCUUUGGGCUACAGUACCUUUGACUUUUCCUCAAUUUGUAUAUUGAUGUGACACUAUACAGAUAAUGCUUAGAGACACUGUCUUAGCUAUAAGUUCUUGACUUUUCUAGAGAUCUACUUCUUACUUUUAUAAUGCAGUUUUUUUAUGCUAUAAAAAAUUUAAAGUAUAUUCUGUGGAAAUCCACUAAAUUAGGUUUAGUAGGUAAACAAUUGACCAUAGUAGUUAUGCCUUUUUACUUUUCCAUCUACCAAUGGUUGUUAAUAUUAUGGAAAAACUCAGAGGGACAUCUUUUCAAUACUUUUGAAAUGAGAGCUAAGUAGGUUAAGGUGGAAAACAGGAUUUUCGUCCAAAUGGUCAAUAGAAUACAUGUAUUUUCAGUCAAAUUCAGCAUGAAUGAGACUACAAACUUUUAGUUUGGUAACUAAGAUAACUCAAAAAGAGGUAGAAUAUGUAAGAUUAUAUGAGUUGUUGUAACCUUACCAUAAUUAUGAUUUCCUCAACAACAGAUUGUGGUUGGCCACUGUCAACAUGCUGUGUCCAGCAGAGACUCCUGUCCUUCAUCUUACUCCUCAACUGUACACAGAUGAAGACAUUAUGAAAGAUCCUUUGACUGUGCUUAGAUGUGACAGAAGAGUGUUCAGGUAUGUAUCUGUAAGAAAAGAACAAUUAUGUUAUGAUAGAACCAAAAUAAUUGUUCACUGACUGUACUAGGCCACCCUUGGAGGUGGUACACGAUAUGAAGUGACUAGGUCUAACCACUGACAGCUCCCUAUCUUUAAAGCCCAUAUUAAAUCUGUAUGUAAUAAGGUUAAUGUUAAAGUUAGUGCUCUUAGGAGAGUUCAUAAAUUCAUACCAUCAGAAGUGAUGGUUAAUAUUUACAAGGCCUUUAUCUUGCCACAUCUAGAAUACUGUGCUCCAGUCUUAGCUGGGUUAUCAACUGGUCUUUCUAAUAAACUGGAACUUACUAAUCAGUACGCUAUUAGAACUCUUUUGAUCAUAGCUAAGUCAACCUCAUAUAGUGACCUACUUACCUAUGUUGGAUAUUGUAGAUAUUUUCAUGCUCUCUCCCUUUUUGACAAAUGCUUAUACAAUAUGGGGCCAAAUAGUAUUAAGGAGAUGUUCUUAUUUCAUAACAAUAAAUACCACCUCAGAGACUUUUGCAAGCUUAAUCAGCCUACCUAUAGCAGUAGAUUUAUACAUAGGUCAUAUCAUUACAUCAUCUCAAGAUUAUGGAACAGUCUGCCUGACUAUGUAAGGAGAGCUCCAUCUCUUAACAUUUUUAAGUCAAUACUGGAUGAGGUCAAUUUGACUACCAGAGUUGAGAGUAAUUGUAACUUAUGUACAUAAUUCUAUAUGGUUACAUUUCCUCUUAUGAUUAUUGAUUUUAUUAUAUUCUUAUUUUUAUAUCUUUGUAUCUAUAUAUAUUUUUCUCCAUCUUGAUAUGUACUGGAUUUAUAGUAAUUUGGCAUGUUCAGCUUUAAACAAGUCUUGUAUUCAUCCGUGUAAUGUGAAUAAAUAAAAUACCAUAUCAUACUUCUACUAAAUCUAGGAACAACACUCAGCCAUGUGUCCAAGUUUCAAUAAAAUGAAAAUCAUCUUAUUAUGACAGAUGCCCACCAUUAUUUGAUCUUUUGGUGAGAGUCCUCAUGGGGUACCUGGCAGGCUCAAGGGCCCUUUUAAGUCAGUACCUCCAAGAACAUCCUGCAUCAAGAACUGAAGGGUUAGCUGUUGAACAAGAACGAGAAGAGCUACGGGCUGCUUUGGUGACAGCACAAGAAAGUGCAGCCAUUCAGAUUUUACUAGAAGUUUGUGUCAAAACACCUCAGGAUCAGGUUUGUUGAAAUCUCAAUGUUUGUUAGUUUAAAAAACAAGCAAACUGAUCAACUUUAGAACCAAAGUAAGCGCAAAAUACUCCAGGGCCAUUAUUUUUCAGGAUUUUAGGAGAGCUUCCUCAGUUUUAAAUGGAUAAAAUUUGUGUAACAUCACAAGCUUUUUUUGUUAUGGUGUUAUUUUGCGUGUUUGUUUUUGUUAUUUGUUUUUCUGGUGCUGUUGUAGUCUUUCAAGCAUUUUGAAGUAAAACUAUAGUUCACCCUGAGUUCAGCAGAUGUUAAUAUUCAACCUCUCCUCACAAUAUUAUAAAAUUACUAAGCAAGUAGUGGUGAUGAGAAGAGAAAAACUUAUCAGUGCAAGGGUGUUGUGGUUGUGAUGUAAUGCAAAAUUCCUAUAUGUUUAACUAAUCUUCAGGAAAGAAUCCAAUGAUAAUUUCUCCACCUCUUUAGGAUCAACCAGGCUGCAGUGGAUCAGCAGUGCUGCGUGAAAUCCAAUGUCGUGUGUGCUCACAGCUACAUCAGAUGUUUAUUGCUGUUCCUGAUAUUGCGAAACUUGUGCAUUUCCAGGUUUGAGAUAAACUCAAAGGUGGCUCACAGUGUCAUUCAGAUGUUUUCAUAUUUCAACCUUAUAACAGUUCUAAAUGCAUUGUCCAUAACUGUUAAUAAAAUUAAGGAAUAAGGAAGGAUGAAUGGGAGUAAGUGAUAUCUUAAACAUACUAUGGACUGAACAGCACUUGUUUCUCUUGUAGGGUUACCCAGUAGAACUUCUCCCAGUGACAGUGGCUGGCAUCCCUUCUAUGCACAUUUGUUUAGAUUUUAUUCCAGAGCUCAUAAACCAACCACAACUUGAAAAACAGGUAGGACUGUUUAACAGCCUGAGUGUAUGUUGUUCUGUAAGAGAUUGAAAAUAUUUAAAAUAAUUUUGAGCUUUUUUCAAAGAUGUUGUUACUUUUGUUGUUGCAGUUGUUUGCAGUUCAGCUUGCCUCAUACCUGUGCCUACAGUUCCCCCUUCCUAAAGCCAUGGGUGUGGCCAAAUACAUUCUCAGUCGGCUCAGCUCUCUUCUAGCCACACUCCCGUCUGGCAAGCGUGUACCAUUUUUCACACCUGCCCUCCCUGCCCUGGUGAGAUUUUGCCAUGCAUUCCCACCUCUGUGUGAUGAGGCUACUGGGUUUCUGUUGGAGCUUGGUCGUGUGGCAGUCUCUCAUGCAUCAGCAUCUGCUGCCUUUACUCUUGGUAAGACUUCCACACUCUUACAUUUCUGUAAUAGUGAUUUUUGCACAUCAGAAACCAUCUAAUAAAACCUUCGUAGUUGUUUACAGGGUUAUACAAACAUGUACUAUUUGUUUGUGAUUUUAAAACAAAACAUCACUUACUGGGCAAUGAAAAAAAUUACCUAUAGCAACCAACCAACAGGCCAAGGUGUGGAGAACUUUUAGACUGAGCUUCAUGUCAUAUUACUUGUUAUAUGACUAUUUUUUGGAGACAAAGUGAUCCAGUGGUUACUAUCCUGUAAUUGAGAGGUCUUGGUUCCACACCUGGCUAGGUCACAGUGUUGUUUUUGUUGGGCACGACACUGAAAUCUCACAGUGUCUCUUUCCUCUAAGGGAAACUUUACAAAAUGUGGGCGGGGGGGGGAGAAGGGAAGGGGAGGUUACUAGCAUACCAGACCCUGUGCGUGCUCUUGGAACCAGGAUAAGCUUCAGCAUUAACAGGUUACUGGGCUUAUAAAUUUUUUUCCUAUUCUGGUUCACAAUCAAGGUCCUAUUUCUAGUUUCCUACCAAUUUUUAUUCCACUGUUUCUCAUCUUUCAUUCAAGGUACUCCAGGAUCUCUCUUAAAUCAACUGUCUUUGGAACAACAGCAGGAACUGGCUGACCAAGAGGAUCAUGGGUUUACAGAUGACUCCUGGUUGCCAAGCAAUUUGACCCAUGAACAUAAAGGUACAUUAGAGGGUGCAGUUGAGAACACUGAUACAGCCCUUUGUCAUGCCAUUGAAAAAACAUUUCUUGAAGUAACAAAUGUUGCAGUAGUAAAGCAACAUAACUGUGAGCAGUGACAGGAGCAGGACAAUCCAUUCAACACUGAAGAAGUCCCGGUAGUAAUACUGCAUGAGGUGUCAAGUCAGGUCAGGACAUGAAGUCAAAUGAUAGUCAAUUUUAACUUAUCCUCUCAUCCCCAGUGUAUUAAUCAUCAGUCAGUUUUGUUGAAAGAGGGUCAAUGCCUGGCUUGGAUGCGAAAUGGAACUACAAGUGGAAGUUUUUAGAGUGAGCUUGUGUGAUAGCAACAUCACCUCUGCAACAAAAAGGUUUUUGCUACAUGCUAUUCUCUGUCAAUAGCUUUAAAUGUCCUUUAUUCCUGUUAACAACCAUUGAACAGUUCAGCAAAUGGCAUAUAAGGCAAAUGUGUUCAUUUUUAUUUCACAUAAAGCUCACAAUAAAUAAAUUUCUACAAAGGCUAACUGCUCUAUUUACCAACUGUCCAAGUAGGAUCAGAUAGAACUCUUAAAAAAGUAAUAUUGGAAGCUUCCUGUGUAAUAUGAAUCUUUGCCUUUUGUAGCAUCAUAGUUCACCUAUCAACAGGCAGCCACAUUUAGUUCUCAAGGUGAAAGACUAGGAGUUUGAUGUUACAUGCAUUAUGCCAGAUAUAAAAAAAAACAACAACUAAAAAAAACAUUAAAUACAAUAAACAAAGAAAUGGACAUUAAAACAUGUACUAGCAAAUGUAAGUAUUCCUUACUUGUGGCUUUGCAAUUUCAUGUAUUAAAUAUAUUUACAUCCUACCGGCAUGGUAAAUGGUUCUUAAAGACUUAAAUUUCAAUGGGGAAUUUUACACAAACUUUACAUGGUCCAAUAACAGCUUAUUCUUAAAAAAUGGGGUAAUAAGAAAUUAUUAAUGUACAAUCAUGGUGAUGGUAAUUAUUAUAAUGAAAAACUUUCAUCCAGCCUUGAUUAAGAGCUGAGAAAUUCUUGUCGAAAGUGGCAACAAUGAGUUACCGGUAGGUUGCUAAAAUUACCUUGCAUAUGAACUCUAACCAGCACCAAAAUUAUGUGUCAGAGAUUGAGCUUUUCCAUGGAUUUGGAGGAGUUUUACCUCUGGCUACUCCAUGAUAUUGAAUGAUGUUGAAAAGUUGCAUAUCAAAAUUUGUAUGCUGCAUGUUUCCUCUGAUUUGUUUAACAGACAUUUUAGCUUCCAAAAAUGCUAGAAAUUGGUCAUUACACUACUAACCACCACAUGUAAUGUAUGUUUAUGCCAAGUUGAAACUUUUGAG